AAAGGCGGGCCAAUUCUGAUGAUUCCCUCCGCUAGCGCCGGGGCCUGUCCCGGAUGCCCCUGGGGCCGGGGCGCUGAGUCGGAGCAUUUUCUCCGGCCCCGCUCCAGGGCGUCGGUGGCCUGACGGGAAGCCUGAGUGGGAUGCGGCUGACGCGGAAACGGCUGUGCUCGUUUCUCAUCGCCUUAUACUGCCUCUUCUCUCUCUACGCCGCGUACCACGUCUUUUUCGGGCGCCGCCGCCGGGCACCGGCCGCGUCUUUGCGGAGCCCUAGGAAGGGGGCGGCCCCGGCGCGGGAGGGGCGCGGCCGAGGUAGGACACAGAGCAGUGGCCUGGAACCAUCUACUUUGGGAAGUGAAGAAUGGAAUCCUUGGGAAGAAGAUGAAAAACAGGAGCAACAACACAGAUUUAAAACUAGCCUUCAAAUAUUAAAUAAAUCCACAAAAGGGAAAACAGACUUUCGAGUGCAAAUCUGGGGCAAAGCUGCCAUUGGUUUGUAUCUCUGGGAGCAUAUUUUCGAAGGCUUACUCGAUCCCACUGAUGUGACGGCUCAGUGGAGAGAAGGAAAUGUAGUUGUAGGAAGAACACACUACAGCUUCAUCACUGGCCCCUCUGUAGUCCCAGGGUACUUCUCCGUUGAUGUGAAUAAUGUGGUACUCAUUUUAAAUGGAAGAGAAAAAGCGAAGGUCUUUUAUGCCACCCAGUGGUUACUUUAUGUACAAAAUUUAGUACAAACUCAAAAAAUCCAGCAUGUUGCUGUUGUUUUGCUUGGAAAUGAACAUUGUAACAAUGAAUGGAUCAAGCAAUUCCUCAAAAGAAAUGGAGGCUUUGUGGAGCUGCUUUUCAUAAUAUAUGACAGCCCCUGGAUUAAUGACAUGGAUGUUUUUCAAUGGCCUUUAGGAGUAGCAACAUACAGGAAUUUUCCUGUGGUGGAGGCAAGUUGGUCAAUGCUGCAUAACGAAAGACCCUACUUAUGUAAUUUCUUAGGAACUAUUUAUGAGAAUUCAUCCAGACAAGCACUAAUGAACAUUUUGAAACAACAUGAAAUUGAUAAGCUUUGUUGGGUUUCAGUAAGAGAACAGUGGCAGCCCCAAGAAACAAAUGAAAGCCUUAAGAAUUAUCAAGAAGCUUUGCUGCAGAGUGACCUCACACUGUGCCCAGCAGGAGUAAACACGGAGUGUUACAGGAUAUAUGAGGCCUGCUCCUACGGCUCCGUCCCCGUGGUGGAGGACGUAAUGACAGCGGGCGGCUGCGGAAAUACCUCUGUUUCCCACAGUGCUCCUCUGCGGUUACUCAAGUCCAUGGGCGCCCCCUUUAUCUUUAUUAAGAACUGGAAGGAACUUCCCAUUGUUCUAGAAAAAGAGAAAACUAUAAUUUUACAGGAAAAAAUUCAAAGAAGAAAAAUGUUACUUCACUGGUAUCAGCACUUCAAAACAGAGCUAAAAAUGAGAUUUACUAAUAUUUUAGAAAGUUCAUUUUUAAUGAACAAUAAAGUUUAACUAUUAAUUUUUUUG